AUGCUGGGGAAGGCGAAAUCCGCCGAAACGCCACUGACCUACGCGGUCAAGAAACGCUCGGUGUUCGGGCAGCUUUCUCCACGCUCGGCAUCACCGGCUCCUUCUGAUUCAGUGAGCCAGACGAAUUCACUGAAGAGGAAUAACAGCACCAGUACAUAUCGCCGGAAAGAUUCAUGUCAUAGUCAGACACCUGUCAGAUCGGUGAGCAUAUUGAAUAGUACUGAAGUCCGUGCACGCACGAUUUCCACCGUGUCACGGCCGAUGUUACAGUCUUCUCAAGAAAUUUCCGACAACGACUAUGAAAAUGACGCCCCAACCCACAUGGUCAGCGAUGAACCGAACCUUAGUAAAGAGGAGCAGGAACGGUUACGAGCCGAACGAGAGGAAGAAGAACACAAGAAGAACUUGCAAAUGUACGUGUUUGUCGCACGAUGCAUUGCGUAUCAUUUCAACGCGAAGCAACCGACUGACAUGGCCCGCCGGCAGGUGAAGGUUACCAAAAGUGACCUAUCUAGGAUUAAGGAGAGAUUUCAAGCGUUUCUCAAAGGCGAGACGAAUAUCGUGACAGACGAAGCCUUCGCCAAAGCUAUGCACAGUUACUUCGAGGUUUUCCUCAAAUCAGAGCGGGUCCAAAAGGUUGUAGCUGCUGGCGGCUUCUCAAUGCAUGAUUUUCGAGAAGUAUUUCGAUGUAACGUCGAAAAGCGAAUUCGAUCGCUUCCAGAGAUCGAAGGUCUUUCCAAGGAAACGGUUUUAAACUCGUGGUUGACUAAAUUUGACACUAUCACAAAAGGUGACCACGACAGUCAGGGAAGGAGUACGAGAGGUCGAAAUCGAAACGCGCCCAGCCAACCGAAUGCUGACCUCAUCUUAGGUAAAGACCAGCUCUACGAUAUGUUUCAACAAGUGCUUUCCGUUAAGAAAUUUGAACAUCAGAUCAUCUUCAACGCAUUGCAGCUUGACAAUCCAGACGAACAAGCGGCGGCAAUUCGACGUGAGGUGACAACGCGGGAGGAAGCUUGCAGGGACAUUCAUAAGAUGCGAAAGAUCAUGCCAAAAUUUGUGGUGAAAGACAUGGAGACGUUGUUCAUGGAUGAAGUUCGACAGUCGAUCAAUCUGUUGAUUUCAAAUCUGGAAUCGGUGCCGGUCACACCACGCGGGCAAGCAGUUGGCAAACGAAAAGAAAAGUCACGAUCGCGAAGCAUAGAGGAUCUCUCACUAUUCAACAGCCUAAAACGGCGAACCAGUUCGGGUUCGCUGCACAAGAACGACAGUGAUGAAGCUGAAGUUACACUUACCAAAAGUGACGUUGUACUCACCUUUAACAUGGAGGUCGUUGUGAUGGAAGUACAAGGUCUAAAGGCAAUUGCUCCUAAUCGUAUUGUGUAUUGUACGAUGGAGGUGGACGGACACAAAUUGCAAACCGAUCAUGCCGAAGCUCAACGACCGUCAUGGGAUACUCAGGGUGAUUUUUCGACUAAGAAUCCUUUACCGGUGGUGAAAGUGAAAUUGUAUUCGGAGGUGAAAAGUAUCGUCUCUUUCGAAGACAAAGAACUUGGAAAGGUUAUAAUCCAGCCGACGCCGAACUGCUCUCGAUCUCCGGAAUGGUACCCUAUGACAGUACCGAAGAACAACUCCGAUCAAAACUUAAAGAUUCGUAUCGCUAUUCGUGUUGAGAAGCCUCCAAAUCUCAAAUAUUGUGGUUACUGCUAUUGUCUUGGAAAACAGGCGUGGAAAAAAUGGAAGAGGCGAUUUUUUUGCCUUGUGCAGGUUUCGCAGUACGCAUUUGCAGUGUGCAGCUUUCGCCAGAAGAAGUCUGAUCCCACAGAGUUCAUUCAACUUGACGGCUUCACUAUCGACUAUAUGCCUGAGCCCGACCAAGAACUCGUAGCACAAGGUGGCAAACACUUCUUCACGGCGAUCAAGGAAGGUGACGAGUUGAAGUUCGCAACUGAUGACGAAAACGAACGACAUUUGUGGGUACAGGCUCUGUAUCGUGCUACUGGACAAGCAUACAAACCCGUGCCACCAAAGCAGUCUACAGUGACUCCGAAGGCGCAAGGAUUCCAGGACAAAGCUAGCAAGCACGGAAUGGACGAAAUUAUUCUAGCAGAUCCCAUCAGUUUCAACCACGACCACUUGUUUGCAGAGAUUCAACGACAUACAUUGAAUUUCAGGAUGAAUGAACCGAUUUGUUCUUUGGGAUGGUUUUCUCCCGGCCAAGUGUUCGUACUUGACGAGUACUGUGCUCGGUAUAUGGUUCGUGGAUGUUACCGCCAUGUGACAUUACUGUCGAACCUGCUUGACAAAGCUGACCAGGGUCAACUCAUUGAUCCAACGCUUAUUCACUACUCGUUCGCCUUUUGCGCCAGCCAUGUGCACGGGAACAGACCCGACGGUGUUGGAACGGUGACAUUGGAGGAGAAGGAAAAAUUUCAAGAGAUCAAAGAACGUUUACGGGUGCUACUAGAGAAGCAGAUUACAAAUUUUCGAUAUUGUUUCCCUUUUGGUCGUCCUGAAGGUGCUUUGAAGGGAACACUAUCACUUUUAGAAAGGGUGCUUAUGAAAGACGUUGUCUCACCAGUUCCUCCAGAAGAGGUACGUGCCGUUAUACGAAAGUGCCUUGAAGAUGCUGCUUUAGUCAACUAUACAAGAAUAUGCAACGAAGCGAAAAUUGAACAACGUAUGGGAGUCGACGUGAGCCCUCAGCAGCGUAUUGAAGACAUGAUGCGAGUGACCGAGUACUGUAUCGACUUGCUCAAAGAAAACGAAGAACAUCACGGGGAGGCCUUCGCAUGGUUUUCCGACUUAUUAGCUGAUCAUUCUGAAAUCUUCUGGUCGUUGUAUUCCGUGGAUUUGGAUUCGGCCAUGGAGGUGCAACCGCCCGACUCUUGGGAUGCUUUUCCUCUCUUUCAAACGCUCAACGAUUUUUUGCUCAGUGAGAAAUCCUUGAAUGGCGGGAUUUUUCACAAAAAAAUAACCACCCAAUUCCAACCUCUCGUAGUUCGCUACACUGAUCUCAUGGAACAUUCGAUAUCACAAUCAAUUGACAAGGGGUUCUCAAAAGAAAAGUGGGAACCGAGAAAAGAAGGUUGUGCAACAUCAGAAGACAUCUACUGGAAAUUAGAUGCUUUACAUAUGUUUAUUGUUGACUUGAAUUGGCCUGAAGAGGAGUUCCGCAAGUAUCUGAAUGUACGAAUGAAGAGCCUGACUUCUGACAUGAUAUUGAAAGUUGCUAGCAGCUAUUUUCCGAAGAAUAAUGUAUUCCUUUUAAUUGUCUGCAAAUUCCUUAGUACUUACCAACAAUUCGAUUUGUGGAUGCAAAGAGCACGGCGAUCCACGGAUUACAUCCUACCGUCAGAGGUGUGCGUCAUGAUCAACGUGUUGUUUAGUUCGAAAACAAGAGCAUCGAAAGUAUCCGUAGACGCUGGAGAGUUCAAAUAUCAAUCGAAACUGGACGAAACACUCGAUACCAUGCUCUCAGACAUGGAGACCUGUAUCCAGGACCGAUUGAUAGGCGUGUUAGAGUUCGUUCUCAGCAGACUUGCCCGAUAUGAUGAAGGCAACCCUAUUGGAGCUCUACUCAGCAUGGCGCCUAAGCCGGCAUCGCUGUUCAACAAAGUGAAAACAAUGGUAGGCGAACAAGCACCACUUUCACAACAGCGGUCAACCGAACACAUGGGUAACUCGUACGUGACCUUCAUGCGAGGAUGUACUGAGCAACUACGACAAAUCGUUACUGAUGAAGUUUGGGUGAACACAUUGUUUGAAAAUUGGUAUGCGAAUCAAAUGAAGAUGAUCAAUGAGUGGUUGACGGAGCGGCUACAGCAAUCCAUCAGCGCUUAUCAAUUCACUUGUCUCAGCUUUAUUGUUAAGGUCUGUCAAUCACCCGUCAGCGGGAUUGAUCUGGGGCGCCCAAAUCGGCAUAGAACCCAGUUAAACUGCGGCUGUAGUUGA